GCAGGCAGGAGGGAAGCAGCGCCAGGGCCGGCCACCCUCUCCUGGAUCCUCCUCUCUCGCCUCUCCCCUCCCCGGGACUCCGCCUGGAGCGGAGCGAGAGCCUUGGCCAGCCGGCAGACGGAUGCCCCGGCAGGGCCCGUCCAUGGAUGCCAGCAAGAAGGUGGACCUGAAGAUAAUUAUCAUAGGAGCUCUGGGCGUGGGCAAAACCUCCCUCCUGCACCAGUACGUGCACAAGACGUUUUACGAGGAUUACCGCACCACGCUGGGCGCCAGCAUCCUGACCAAAGUCCUCGCGGUGGACAACACCCCCCUGAAACUGCAGAUCUGGGACACAGGGGGACAGGAGCGAUUCCGAUCCAUGGUGUCGACCUUUUACAAAGGCUCAGAUGGCUGCAUGCUGGCCUUCGACGUGACCGACAGGGAGUCCUUUGAAUCCCUGGACAACUGGAGAGAUGACUUUCUGGAGAAGGUCAUUCCAAGGGAGCAUGAUUUCCCCAUGGUCGUGCUGGGGAACAAAAUAGACCUCUGUGAUCGGCAGGUACCCAAGGAAAUCGCUUCAGCCUGGUGCAAGGAGAAAGACAUCCCUUAUUUUGAAGUCAGUGCCAAGAACAACAUCAACGUCGCAGAGGCUUUCGAGACCCUCGCGAAGCAGGCGUUAACAACGUAUAAAGGAAUUUUUGAGAGUUAUUUAACCGACUCCAUCAAACUCACUCCCAACAACAAGCCCAAGAAGAGCUGCUGCUGAUCCCGUGCUCCAGGCUGUCCAGCGCAUGCAUGGCCCAGGCGUGCUGGACCCCACAACCCGAGGCUGGAGCCUGCCCAGGGGGUCUGUGCCCCCUGCCUGGCCACAGGGGCUGGCCAAGCCAGGGCGCAGGACGGCCACCGCUCGACGUGCCAGGGCCAGCUGGCUGCACAGCCCGGGGCUCACUGCUUCCCAUGUCUCCGGAGCUGCUCUCCCAAACCAGCAGCCUCCCAAAUCGUGGUCACGGUGGCCCCGUCCCCCUCAAUCCACUGCCGUCUGGCACCCGAGCGGGUGAUCCCCCUGCGGUGACAGUGCCAGGGAGCUGGGCAGCGCUCCUGAAGCCUUUCCAGAGACCAUGACCUUGGUGAACCUUCUCAGUACACGGACUGGUGGCCCCAUGGCACUCACAGCGCUCGUGGUGCGUAUGGGCUGUCCUGGGGGGAGAAGUGGGGCUGGUGGCCACGGCACAAGUCUGAGAGCAGCCAGGUCCCCUGCCAGGGUGAGCCACUGUGGACGUAGCCAUUCUGUGCCUCAGUUUCCCCUGCUGUCAUGCACACUCCCUGUAAACACCUUCCACCUCCUGCCUCACUGGUGAGGAUCCUCAGUAAAGCACUUUGUCAGGGAUUCCUUUUUUAAAAAAAGGAAAUUAAAUAUUUCAUUUUUAUUUAUA